GACCCCAUCCAAAUUAGAGUUGUGUGUGUUUAUAAAUAAGAAAUCUUCCGGACUAUACACAUGUAGGAAAAAAUGGCGACAAACCCAGGAAUUCUCACAGACUAUCCAUGGAAACCAAUCGGAAACUACAAGUAUCUGCUUGUAGCACCGUUUGUGGUUCACAGCGUAUACUCUUUCAUAACGAAGGAUGAGAAGGAGAGAGACUGGACCAAUUUCCUCAUAUUCCCCUUUAUGCUGUCGAGAAUGCUUCACAACCAGAUCUGGAUCUCCUUUGCCCGCUAUAAAACGGCCAAAGGAGACAACCGAAUUGUUGAUAAACCUAUUGAAUUCGAGCAAGUUGACAGAGAGAGAGACUGGGAUGACAAUAUCUUGCUUAUUGGGAUAAUGUUUUACUUGGCAAACUACAAACUAAAGGGGGCCUCUAACCUUCCUCUAUGGAGGACUGAUGGCAUUAUUAUCACAAUUUUGCUGCAUGCUGGACCUGUUGAAAUCAUCUACUAUUGGCUACACAGAGCUCUGCACCACCACUACCUCUACUCUCGUUAUCAUUCUCAUCACCAUUCCUCUAUUGCUUCAGAGCCUAUAACAGCUGUGAUCCAUCCAUUUGCAGAAAUUUUAAUGUACCUGAUGAUGUAUAGUAUACCAAUUGCGACCGGGAUACUGACAGAAACAAGCUCUAUCGUUUCUUUGUUUGGUUACAUUACCUAUUUCGAUUUCAUGAACAACUUGGGACACUGCAAUUUUGAGAUUGUUCCUACCAAGUUGUUCUCUAUCUUCCCUCCUCUCAAGUACAUGAUGUACACGCCCUCGUCACAUUCUCUCCAUCACACAAAAUUCCAAACGAAUUACGCUCUUUAUUUUCCUUUCUAUGACUACAUGUAUGGCACCUUGGAGAGAACUACGGACACGUUACAGGAAACCUCACUAAAAAGAGAGGGGGAGUCUCCAGAUGUGGUACAUCUAACACAUCUAACAACUUCUGAAUCCAUCUAUCAUCUCCGGCUUGGAUUUGCCUCAUUAGCAUCGAUACCCCAGAGUACUUCACAGUGGUACAUUAGAUUAUUGUGGCCUUUGACGACAUGGUUUAUGAUGGUUGUUACAUGGCUUUAUAGUCGACCAUUUGUUGUUGAGAGAAAUAUUUUCAAGACUCUGAAAUUGCAAACAUGGACUAUCCCGAGAUACACCAAACAUUACACUUCACCCAAGCAAACAAAGUGUAUCAACAAUAUGAUUGAAGAAGCUAUAAUUGAAGCGGAUAAAAAAGGAACUAAGGUGUUAACUUUAGGUCUUCUUAAUCAGGGAGAUGAGAUGAACAAAAACGGUGAGCUAUUUAUCAAGAGGAAUCCCCAGCUAAAAUUGAAGUUAGUUGAUGGUAGUAGUCUAGCAGCUGCUGUUGUCCUCAAUAGCAUUCCAGAGGGAACAACCCAUGUUGCCGUUAAAGGAAAAUCGUCUAAGGUUUCCAAUUCUGUUGCCAUUGCAUUGUGUCGCAGAGGUGUUCAGGUAUCUAUUUCAAACGAACAUGCUUAUAGAAGACUCAAAGAGAAAUGUGAUUCUGAGAUUCAAGACAAUUUAAUCCUUUCAGAAAGUUACUCUCAGAAGAUAUGGUUAGUUGGAGAUGAAUUAGGAAAAACAGAACAGAUGAAAGCACCAAAGGGAACAUUAUUCAUUCCUUUCUCUCAGUUCCCUCCUGAGAAACUGCGUGAAGAUUGCUUUUACUCCAACAUUCCUGCAAUGUCUGCUCCAAGGCAUUUUGAGAAUCUCGACUCCUGUGAGAAUUGGUUGCCAAGAAGGGUGAUAAGUGCAUGGCGUAUUGCUGGAAUCGUGCAUGCAUUAGAGGGAUGGAAUGUGCACGAAUGUGGCGACGCGAUAUUUAGCAUCGACAAAAUUUGGCAAGCUACUCUUCAGCAGGGGUUUCGUCCACUGCCAGUGUGCACAGAACUAAUGAGGAAGUAACUGCAAGUACUGAAGUAUGAUCUUAUCUAUGUUUCCAGAAUAAAAGUUUUAUCUUGGGAAAAAGAUACAAUAUUUGAUUAUGAUACUGGGAUAUUACUACUGAAAUGCUUCUAUCGGGCUAAACAUCUGAUGUUUUUCUUCGAGUUGAGCAUUGCAAAUAAAUCUGCAUACAUGAGUGAGCACUGGUCUAAAGGGGCUCUGCAACUGCAGGCAUGUAACAUGUGUUUCUAUUCUGUUCCGAUUAUACUCCUUUUUUUUUUCUUUUGACGAAAUACUCCUUUUUUAA